GUCUUGCCACGAAGAGCUCUUAUAACAUGCAUCAACUGGUGAACCGUGGCUCUGAAGAAUUACGAAGUGUAUCUCAAUAUGUUUCUCGCUAUUGCUUGAUGCAUCAAGUCGUGUUGCGUUGUCGGCUGACACUGCUUGAUUAAUGGCGUUUACGCGGCCCACUGAUGUGGACUUCGUUGGCAUUUCCAUGUCAUCUUGACAGAAUCUUCCAAAGCCCGGCUUAGCUACGGUGACUGUGCGUAUCAAUUUACACCUUGAUGGCUGGGAUUCGACAACCUGUUGCUUGAUUCGAUACGGUCAAUGUGGCUGAACCUUCGGACCUUCACAUAUCGUAUGACGCUCAGAAAUGUAUAAAGCCAACUCAGUUGCACGUUUUUAUCUACAGCGAUUUGCGACGUCUUCACACCUCGCAUCCAUAUUUUCUGCAGAUCAUUCACACUCAACAUGUCUUUUACUUACAACCGUAUCGACAAGGACAAAGCCAUGCUUCUGGUUGUUGACCACCAGGAGGGUCUAUUCCAACUUGCACGGGACCAGAACCCCACCGUGAUGAAACAGCAUAUCCUCGCUCACGCAGAGCUUGCUAAGGUCUUUGGUCUUCCUACAAUCUUGACCACAAGUGCUGAGACGGGACCCAAUGGCCCUCUUCCGGCGGAAGUCAUCGCUUUGCAUCCCGAAGCACCAUUCAUUAAGCGUAAUGGCGAAGUCAACGCCUGGGAUAAUCCAGACUUCAAAGCGGCUGUUGAAGCCAUCGCCCAGACGGGUCGCAACCAAGUAAUACUUGCUGGAAUUACCACUGACGUUUGCACUGCCUUCCUCGCGUUGUCCUUGCGGGAGGCUGGAUUCUCCGUGUUCGCCAAUAGCGACGCGUCCGGCACUUUCAAUGCCAAAACAGCUAGUGAGGCAAACGAUAGGAUGCGUGCUGCAGGGGUGCAAGUUCUCUCGUUGUUCGCGGUUGCCUGCGAACUUAUGAGGGACUGGAGGAACACGCCUGGAGCUACCCAGCUUCUUCCUUUCUUUGAUAAGUACCUACCGGAAUAUGGAUUCCUCGCCAGAGCCCAUGAUGCAGCGAUCCAGAAUGGCACCCAGUCUGGAUUGUAAUGGCUGUCCUGAAGAAUAGGAACAUUUCUUUGUUGCUCGGUUGAUCCGCCAAUCCUCUUGUCAACACCUCCCUUCGUCGCUCGUGGUGUAAUUCACGUGUACUCGCUGAAAAUCCAUUAGAUCUUCCU